AUGUCACUGGAAGUUCUCGGGUGUACAACUGAUGCUUUAAAAGAUCGACCCCAAUUCACUUUCAUUUCGAAACUAUCAUUCGCAAACGAACUCGAGCUUUCAGUUCGUUCUUUUACUUGUUUUCAGCAAGAGUGGAUAAACAUUUUACCGCCAAUCAACGAAAGGGCACAACUGUUUUUCGAGUAUCCUCUUUCACAUGAUGAUUCGAUGGAAAUCUUCUCAAAUUUUGUCAAGACUCUGCUUGCCAAUUGCAGAGAAAUUCUCGUGAAAUGCCCGUCGACAAAGAUCUUCAAUUUCUUCCAAGGCCUUUCAAAGGGUGAAGCUGAAAUGAUCAACCUUAUUGUAAAUGUCUACAAGUUUGACGCCAAUUCCAUUGAUCCCUGGAUAACCGUUCACAAAGUGAUCACCUCGGGGAUUCCCAGCAAAAAUCGAGAUGCAGCUAUUGUGAUUGUUGGGCCGAAAAGUUGGAUGCGAAAUUUUAAGCAAAGCCUCACGAUUAUUCUCACACAAACACCAGAGAUUCAAGAAGUUCACGGUGCUGAGGCUACCGGAAUCUAUCAAUUUGCAGUCGAAACUUUGAGCAGAUAUGCAAUCACGAAGAAUGUUGACAUCUCCAAGAAUCAAAGCUUCUGUUUCAAGCGUAAACUCGAUCGUGAAAGAGAAUGUGUCUAUGUUGUUGAUAAUAAUUCGCAGUUAUUCUUUGCCAAAUAUCGCAAGAUUGUGAAUGUU